UGUUGUAAAUUACAUACAAUUUACAAUAUUUUUUGUUACUUUUCGGUAAUGCGUGACUCACUGAUGGAUUAUAUUAUACUGUCGUAGAUUGAUAGUAAAGUUAUACUUUUGCUAUUGAUGUUGUGUUGUUGUAUUCAUUUAACAUGGAAGAGGAACACAGAAAAGCAAUUAUUAAAAAUUUUGUAUCCCUUGUGGAGCAAACGGAUUUAAAGAAAAUGGUAUCUGCAUUAUACGAAAAGGGAGUGUUCUCCGAGCAAAUGAUAGAACCAUUUAAUGAUACAAAUAAAGAUGAACGCAGCCGCAAGAGGUUGUUGUAUUCAAACAUUACAAGACGUGGACCUCGGGCUUUUGGCCACCUCCUGGAUGCCCUCUCGGAGUCAGGAUACUGGGAUCUGGUGAGAGAUUUGGACCCUAACAGUCAUCUCCAUAAAAGGCCACGAAGUACUUUCAGUAGUAAAUCCGAUGAAAACCAAUAUGUUAGUAUUAAAAAUGAAAAAAAGAAGACCAAGACUGUAGUUGAACAAAGCAAAGAUAUAGUCAAUGAUUGGCCAACUCCUGCUCCUCGAGAGGUUGCUGAAGUAUCAGAUCCACCUGCAAUACCCAAGUUCAAUGUUAUAAAGUCAACACAUUUCAUGGAAGAAACUGACGAGGGUUCCAAGAUCAAGCUGUACCGCACGCGCGGGCCCAACCGCGGCUACCUGGUGGUGUUCAGUUACAUCGACUUCCGCAACAACACCGACCAGUACCGCGCCGGCGCCGACGUCGACUGCCAAAACCUCAAGUACCUGUUCAUCGAGCUCGGCUUCCGGGUAGCCUCAUAUCAGAACCUCAGUAAAGAGGAGACGCUGCAGACGUUGAAGUCGCUGCAGGACAGCUGCGUGUCGAAGUGCGAGUGCCUGUUCAUCGUGGUGUCGUCGCACGGCUACCCGCGGCGCGGCACGGCCGACACCGACGUGCGCGUGUCCGACGGCGGCCACAUCAGCGUGUUCGGCUUCAUCGACCACUUCAACGACAAGAACUUCCCGGCGCUGCGCGGCGUGCCCAAGGUGUUCAUAUUCCAGGUGUGCCGCGGCGCCAACAGCGACUGGGUGGACGCGCGCGCGCUGACGGACGGCCUCGGCCGCUACCCGCCCCCCGCGCCCGCCGCGCCGCCGCCGCCGCGCCGCGACCGCGUCUACAGCGACAUCCUGGUGGCGCACUCCACGCUGCCCGGCUACGUGUCGCACCGCGACCCGCGCGACGGCUCGUGGUUCAUCCAGGCGUUGUGCAAGGUGUUCGCGGCGCACGCGCACAACACCGACGUCGAGAAGCUGUUCGCGCUCGUCGACGACGCUCUGCGCGACGAGUACCACGUGCAGACUUCCGAGCGCAACAACUGGGGGUUCAACCGCCGCCUCUACCUGCACCCCGGCCUGGUGGAGGGCCCGCCCCCCGCCGCGCACCCCGCGACCCCCGCACCCGCCGCCGCGACCGACACGUGACCUGCGGCGCGCCGUCUCCGUAUCGAACUGAAUAGCGCCACUUUUCUUCCAACAGCUGACGCGUAAUCGUGACAGGCGCAAUAGUAGCAAGGACUGGAAAGUUGGAAACAUUC